AUGUUGAAGUGGACGGUUACAAAGCGUUCGGAAGCUAACGCAAAAAAUGUGCUUCCACAAGGCAAAAUGUUGUUGCAGCAGAGACACCAUGCAAGACGUUCGUUGGGCGCGUUAAGUGAGCGUUUGGCGACUGUCACUACUGACGGCACUGUAGUGAAUGGUGGAUCGAGGAAUAAGAAGGUGCGUCGAUCACUGGGAGGCUCGAUCCAUGAGGUUUGUGCAAACUACGACAAAGAAAAUCAGUGUAUCACUUCGACGCCACAUCCGGGAGUAGGACGCACUGUUGGCUCGCCUUACUCCAUGGCAUUGCGUGAUGUUAGCAACAUUACACCGAACACUACACCAUGUCGUCCAUCAAACACAACGCCGCAGAGUCGCAAACGGGCAUUAGCAGUUUCACCAGUGUCGGGUGUACUUAAGCGAAAAGAACACGUGGACAGUGCACGUGAAACAUACGCUACGACGCUACCCACCUUCGACAUCGAGUAUUCGCCGUGUGGAGUGAAGGAUGUUCCGUUCCUGGCACUUCGCGGACUGGGACUGACAGAAUUCGACAAACCUGGACGAUACUUUCCUACCGAUGAGGAGGGGCCCUCUGCUAAGCGUGUAAAAACUUUCAUUAAACCGUUGUCACUUGUCGAUGACCUUCCUUUGCAACCUACGGAGGAUAAAUUGAACCCAUGUUUAACUCCGCUAUCAUCGCGGUUGUCUGAAUUGCGGUUUAAUAAAAUAAAUUUCAAACGACCUCUCUCGGUGGGCAAAACGAUCAAUAGUUUGCCUCAGCCAGCGCCGCCACCUCCACCACCGUCGUCCACUGAAAACAUGGAGGAGUCCGAACUGUCUCUUAAUUCUUCGGAAAUGGGUGAUCUAACGCUCGACAAGAUGAUUGACGCCAUACUGGAAAGCGCCAAGAAGGACAGCAGAUGGGCAACGCCACGCCCGAAACGAUCGUUGAGUGUGAAAUCAAAACAAUCGAAAGGAUCUUCACCCACCUACACGCCCGCGGACGAUCCGGCUGCUGAUUUGUAUCUUGAACAACGGUGUCAUCCUCGGAUGUGUCGGCAGGACGGAGAAACGACAAUCAUCCUCGAAGAAACGGCUAGCCAGAUCAACGAAAGAGAGGUGAAAACUCCUGACACUAAGCAAGAACCGCAACGCACGGUGUCUGCAAGCGCCGCGAAGGUAGACUACUUUCGCCAAUCUCUGAACAAAGUCGUGGCGGCUAGCCCUCUUGAUGCGGCGUGUCACUUGCGACGCCAGAAGGCGGUACGAAGAAAGCACAAGCUCGAAACUGUUGGCAAUAGUGCAAAAGUGGGCACGCAACAGAAUGAAGCUACUACACUCGAGGAAUGUCAGACGGCAAGUCCCGAAACACCGUACAUGCUUUGCAAUCAGUCGAAGCUCAGCCUGCUGAAUAUGAUGCAAACUCCGGUUCGCGAUGAUCCACUAAGGCUGGAACCAGAAAAUCCAUCACACCAUAUCUUAUCGGCAAACGCAACACCCGACAUUCGCUCCAUAGAUUUGCAGGGCACUUCAACUCCAACCGGAGGAUCGAUCGAGAAGAGUCGCAAAUGUUUGACCUUUUCCCCUACGCUCAGUGAGGAUUCGAUAGAAAAACGGCGUUCAGUAGCAUCGUCUACGAAUUCAAGAUGUUUCAGAACGAGCACGUUAACAGGAUCUGCGAUCGGUACUGGUGUCUGGCGAGGCACACUAGAGCUUAACAUUUAUCUUGAGCAGGACCGGCGACUGCACGUACACGUUAUCCGUUGUAAGGACCUUCAGCGUAAUACUUCCACUAGUAGCACUGCCGGAAGUAAUGCUAUUAAUGCGUACGUCAAGGUGGCACUGAUAAGCCAGACAGGCUCUCAAACUUCUCAAAUGGAUAUAGGCUUUCAACGAACCACUGUACACAGGAACUCGAGCAAUCCAUGCUACGAUCAGCGCUUCCAGUUCGAAACUCAUCCAAAUGACGAGCGCCGUAUACAGCUAGCCGUGUGGCAUCGCGACCGAGAGUACAAGCGAAGUGAAUUUCUAGGAUGCAUGUCAUUCCCAAUAAAAAAUGUUAAUAUACAGGGCAUUAAUGGAACGUACCGUCUGCAGCCGCAAUCCUGUCUGACGAAUCCGACUACACCGAUACAAGAAACAAUGUGUGAAAAUUCACAAUCGAGCAUGGAAGAACUAAUGAAUGCUGAAGAUAGCAGUAGCGCAAAGGCCACUAGCACGGUUACCUCCACAACGGCGUCUUUGGUUGCUGGAGCUACUGCUGGAACCACUGGCCAAGCGGGGGGCGAACCAAUCAGCCUCAGUAAAAAAGCAAUUCACCAGCGCGAUGCAGAUGAGAAUCUGUUUUUACGCUUUUUGGAACUUGACCCAUCACCCGACGCAUCGCUAGCGACCAGCACCGGCGUGGGCCAAACUACACCAGCUACGCCGCGCCGUAGCUCGAUCGGUGCCGGUGCCGGUUCUCUGAAACCAAUAACAGGAUCAACGUCGUCCGGACGCACACCAUUCACCAUCACAAAGCGGUUGGCGAGAACGGGUGAUCGAGGGUUCGGGUUUUCCAUCGUUUGGACUCAUCCACCCAGAGUGGAAAAGGUGGAAACAGGCCUGUCGGCGGAUCGGGCAGGAAUUUUGCCCGGUGAUUAUGUGGUGUUCGUCGAUAAGCACAAUGUGGUUACAAUGCCCGAACAGGAUGUGCUAAAUCUUAUACGCACGCAAGGCAACACGCUGCUGUUGGAGAUUUUUCGACGUCCACAGUCGACGGGAGGCCUGCAGAUACAGAAUCGUACAAACGGUUUGCGCAACAUGUCAUCUGGACAGGCUCCGGUAUUGAACCUUGGAGGAAUCACAAACAGCACGGGGAACAUUACUUCCCUCAACGUGUCGACCGGCGGUGCCCUGGCACACCCAGAAGACGGAGAGCCAUUUGCAAGGACAUCGCCGUCCCCUUUCGGUGUGGCACGAUCAUCCACAGCGUGUUCGAAUAUUUCGAUUGAAACUGCUAAGCGAAAGCUUCAUCUACCACAGGUCACCUUUAGUAAAGAGUCAAUUGUCCAGCAAUAUCCUGACGACCAUCGUCGGAAGUUCCUCUAUCAGUUGAUUAGUCGUGAGCAGCAUUUUAUAAAUGCCAUCAACUUUGGCAUUGAGCGAUUUGUCAAUCCACUACGCGAACGAAAAGACUUAAUCUCACCGAACGAUCACAAAAUCCUGUUUCAAAAUAUUGACGAGCUAUCUCGCAUUUCGGAAGAUAUACUGGAGCAAAUAAUACAGGAUGAGACCGAACCACAAAUCCAUUUCGCUUCCCGCGUUUAUUUAUCCAAAAGCACAGCACUUUGUGCCGCUUACCGGAAGUAUUGCAAUGGACUGAAGAAAGCUGAUUGUGUAUUGGUCAACAAGUCAAGAAAUUCGAACUGUGAUUUUAUGAAAUUCAUUACGGAGCCACCGGUACCAAGGAAACGUCCAGAUCUAACUACAUUCAUACAUCGACCGCUGCAGCAUUUUAGGGAAAUUUUAAAAUUAGUGCAAAUGAUAGCGUCCCAUUGUCGUGUAGAUAGUGAAGAACAUAAUAAUUUCAACAGUAUCAUUAGCGAAUUACAGGCCGCGUACCGUGAAAUAACCGUUGGCGGAGGACUUAUGGAACCGAUCGGCGAGGGACGUCCGUUACUAACACUGCAGGAUCUAGAGGCCCGAAUGGUGUUCACGAAAUGCAAACCAUUCCAGUUGGCGUCCCAUGGACGGCAGUGGAUUUUUGGUGGAGAUCUGUCACGCGUUGAGGGACGCUCUAUAAAGCCGUACUGGACACUGCUGUUUAGUGACAUCCUGCUGUUUGCUAAAGUGAGUCGAGACCGAGUGCUUUUUAUCACCGAGGAACCGAUAGCGUUGUCUACGAUAACUGACUCUUGUUUCAAUAUUCGCAAAAAAGGGACCGAGUUUCGAAUAACAGUUGAUCCGAAUGGCAGACAGAUUGAGAGCCCAACAGUACAUUGUGCGCCGGAUCUAACCCGGACACCGAAAAAAAAUUCCAAAAAACGCUACAUUGUGCUUCGGGCACCAUCGACAGAAUUGAAAGCAGUCUGGCAGAAUUUGUUAACUAGGCAAAUCUUUUUAGUAAAUGCCACUCUAGGCUCAACACCCAUGAGCAGUCCUCUUGAUUCCCCGGAUAUAUUGCAAUCGUUCGUACCAAUAAGCGAUAUCGGAGCAACGGCUACAUCGGCGUCAUCGGUCAAGGUGCCAUCGUUGGAUGGCCUUCACCUAAAAAACCAACAGUCAAGACUGAGCAGAGUUCCGAAGCAAGUCGAAGAGCUUAUCGAUGAAAAGUGUAGAAAGCUCAAUAAAACUGGUGUACCGCAGGGCAGCGCUCUACACUUGGCGCAGUGGAUGAAAGGUCAGCUGAAUAAACAGAUCAUCGAAUCCGAUCCUAUAGAUUCCGAACCCGAGCAGUUGGUAGAAGAUUGGUCGGUGGAGCAAGUGACUAACCGAUCGAAAGAACUAAACCUGGUCGAUUCUGACGGAAGCCCGUACAGAUCCGCUUCCCAAUGCAAUGGCGCUAGUAACGGGAUGGUGACGAAAAAUAACAGCACCGGCACCGCCAGUCAACCGCCAGCUGACGACAAUUCCGCGUUCGAAGAUGAUGAUGAUAAUAAGAGCGUUUCUAAGAGCACAACAUCCGACAGUCAAAUAACAGUGAGAUCAAGCCCUUUAAGCAACAAGUUGGACACGAUAUCCAUGUGCCGGCAGUGUUUGAAAAAUUGCAAAAGCCGCUUAAACUCACCGAGCAGCAACUCUUUAACCGUGCAGCACAGCCACAGUACUACUCCUUCGAAUCGUUGCUGUGUGUCAAACUCCACCACAGGCAGCAGCCUUAAUAAAAGUCCAAAUUCAAUGUCAAGCGUGUCCUCGUCCAGCACGUUGACCAUGCGUGGAAGAGCGGCGGCUCAGGAAGUUGAUUGUUCGACCCAAGAAACGAUGCCUGAAAGUACAGCCUGCUUCAAACAGGCGUCCAAUAUGGUUCAGGGGAAACAAACAGCGGACAACGUUCGACAUCUUCAACUGUCGGUGAACGGCAACUAUAAAACCAUGUGCCAAACACCAUGCCAUUGCAAGUGCACGCCAAAGGAUUUCGAAAAAAGUACCCUCAGUCCUGACGAGCUACUACACGAACGGGUUAAAAUAUUGGAUAAUGUUUGUGAAACAGGCGCCACCAAUGUAACGAUCCAGCAGGGUAAGGAUAGUAGCAAGAUGAAUGGUUACCCGGCAAGCGCUAACCCUGCGUUGCGGGGACGAGUAGAGCACAACACCGGCAAUCGGGAGGAAAGCAAAAUAGAAUUUAAUAACAACGUGGACGAUGACACCGAGUGGUCACUGAUGGGGUUGAUUGGUUUGGCUCAAAUCAACCCGGCAGCAUCCUUAGUACAUAUGGAUCCCUUCGAAGCAUUACCUACCAUCGCUGUAGUACCACCGACACCGGACGCUUUGGGUAAUGCGGCUGCGUAUACACGGCAAUCAGUGCCACCUUCACCAUGGGCCACCAUCGAAAGAAGCCAACUGCAGCUGGCCCCAAGCAAUCUGUGCUCGACGCAUGAGGGAACCCUCAGUGAUGAAUAUUCACCGGAUAAUUCACCAGAAGACGAGAUAGCCGAACCACCUUACCGUGCGUUAAAUCCAGGUUUGAAGCGGUACGGAACUAUAUCGAGCCUGGAACGAGUGCCCUCGGAAGAUACGGACGACAACAAGACAUACUCCUCAGAGGAGGAUUCUGAAAGUGACAUAAAAAUAGUGACCAAAGAAGUAUACGACAAUAAUACGCAAACGUUUCUGAACUGGACGACGAGAGCAGGUAACUUUAUCGAGGAGUCUCGCGCCUUUAUUGAUCGAUAUCUUGGACGGCGUGACAACAGCACGGAGGAGGCAGAAGCAAACGAUGACGAUUGGGAAAAAGGUCGGGAAAAACGCACCGGCGAACAGCAUGCUGCCGGCAGUGGUGGUGACGAGGAGGAAGCGAUCGAAGGCGAAACAUCGGCCACCUCUGGGGAGGAAGUUUGGGGCACACCUACCAGUGGGGGUGAAAAUGACGAUAUGCAAAUAUUUGGAAGUAUUGAGCAAACGCACUCGUCUCCGACCAAGUCGUCUUCAUCGUAUACAGGCGACGAUGACACUGAGCUAAUGAUGGAUGAGCUACUGAUGGCGCCUCCGAUGACAGCUAGUGCUGUCCGUGGACUUCUCCCAAGAAGAAAGCUUGAGCCACUGUUCGAAGAGGACAGUGAGAGCGCCGAGUCAGACGAUGACAGUAAACCACUCAGCGGUCGAGAUCACCAGGGGCAAGCUUCGGCAAAAAAUCCUCCGGUUUAUGCGGAUUUAAACGAUUCCACCGGUACCGAUUCGGUAAGUACGACGCCGUCAUCGACCCCGCUGGCAGAGAAGAGCGAGACGAUCAAGACUACCACUCCCGACGAAAACUAUGGGAGUGCUGCUGACAGAUGUUAUGCAUCUGUGCAGCUCCCGAACACCGGGACACGUUGUGCAAGCGAUACCGGUCGUUUCGCCGACAAGGCAAAUGUACCGAUCGGGCUCAGUCCAAGGCUCGAGAUGCGGUUGGCGCUGAAUCACGACAUUCUCGGCGACGAAGAUCUCCUCACCUACAGUCCUGGGCCGGACCUGACGGCAAUUCUCGGGCGCGACCUCUCCACAUACCAUCGGAUGAGUGGGAAGGACAUUAUCAUGAAUCGUAUCGUGACGCGCGUGAGCAGCUACAUGAACAUUCAGACGGCGGUGACGUCGACCCCGCCGCCGGCACCCAGCAAAGCGAGUGCGGUGGAACCCCACGGCUCCACGGGCAGCCCAGCUAUGAAAAACGGAAUGAGCUCAUCAUAUCAGCAAAACAAUUCAAAGAUGGAUACUCCUAUACUUCAUCGUCGAAAAGCUACCGCCCCAGCAGCUACCUGGAGCAGUUUUGGGUUUGCGGAUCGAGAAGAAAGGACUCUGUCGGACCUGGAACGUUUGGCGAGGCGGGAGAAAGUUUACUGUAUGACCCAGCUCAACCACAACGCAUCUCAGCUGAAACGAGUAGCUAGCUUCAAUACAACUACGAAACACACCAGUAAGCUGUUCAACUUUUUGUAUCGACGCAACUCGGAAAACCAACUGGCCGGACUUUUCACUUCGAAGGAUAGUGCGGAAGAAAGUUCCACCUGCCAUUCCGACUCGAGCCGUUUGAAUUCGCCCCGGAAGGAAACGGUUAAGUCGCUUGAUCGAAGGUUUUGGAAGCAGCUGAGCAAAAGGCGACGUGCCAGUUACCAUGAAGAGCUCACAACGGGUGCAUCAUAA